AUGCCAAAAGACGGAAGGAAAUUAAGAUCAAGCGUCUUUGUAACAAAUAAUAAAGCUACGCCUCUAAGUCCAAUAGAAUCAACUUCAAAAUACUUCAGUUCGAAAACAAGUGAUACCGAGACAAACGUACCCAGCAAUUCACCUAACCCGGUGAAACGUAAAAUAGCGCGUAAACAUAUCAAACAUAUUGUCAUUGAAACGGAAGAGUCUUCAACUGAUACAACAAAUAUAUCCAAUGCUUUAACAUCGAAAAAAUUGAUAGAUAAAUUAGAAAAAAGGUUGGACAAGGAACUACCGAAGCCACCUGUCAAUUGGGGUGUUGUAUACGCGGCAAUAAAAGAAUUUCGUCAAAACAUCAUAGCUCCCGUAGAUACAAUGGGCUGUGAGAGAUUGGCUGACGAGCCAUCUGAUAUUAUCACACCACAGACAUCAAGAUUUCAGUCUCUUGUAGCUUUGAUGCUUUCUUCGCAAACUAAAGAUCAGGUUACUGCAGCAGCAAUUCAAAAUCUUCGUCAAAAACUUCUAGGAGGGUUAAACUUGGAUAGCAUAUUACAAGCCGAAGAGAAAUUCUUAGACGAAUGUAUUUCUAAG